GUAGCCCAUUGGAGGCCCCAGGAAAUGUGACUCAAACUUUAACUAGGCCUUUGCGGACGGGACGAUCACAUCCUGUUCUGUAUGAGCAGAAGAAGGAUGUCUUUCACCAUCCAGUGACACUUGGACUAACGACUGAAGAUAUCAGCAUUGGUUCUACUCUCAAAAGCAAAAAAUGGAAAGAGCUGUUGUCUACCUCAUUUCCUUCUGCCUAGCAAUGCUCAUCGCCAGUCUGCAGGCUGACGGUUACCAAACCAGGGGUUAUGGCAUGUGCACCAAUAUUGAGUACCACUACAUGUCGCCAGCACUACAAACCCGUUACCAGUGUCAGAUGUUUAAGCGGAUCAUGGAUGAGAUAGAGAGUGACAGGCUACAUUCGGAGAACGUACUCAGCCAUUUACAAACGCAAAUGUAUUCGAUUGACCAGAAGAUCGACACCAUGAAGUCGGGAAUUACCGAAGAUAUCUAUGAAUCCCGUGCGAUGAGGGACUACCCAAGGGACUUCCCGAGAGCCAGCGGUAACAUUAUCAGCUUCCAGAAUAACAGAGAUGUGCCGCUCCUUGAAGAUUGCUCCGACCUCUACGAGUACGGCGUAAGAAUAUCAGGAGUCUACCCAAUCAGGAUCAAGGACGGCUCCAUUGUCAUGGUCUAUUGCGAUAUGGAGUCGAAUGGGGGCGGCUGGACGGUCAUACAAAAUCGCAUUAACGGCCAGGUCAAUUUCUCAAGAAAUUGGGAGGAGUACACCCACGGAUUUGGUAAUCCGAACAGCGAAUACUGGCUUGGGAAUACUCAUUUGAACAAGCUGACAAUUUCACGGAAUUACACUUUAAGGAUCGACUUGGGAGACUGGGAGAACGGUACUUCAUAUGCCGAGUAUACCAACUUUAGAGUGGAGGGCAUUGAGGAGAACUUUCGGUUGUAUAUUAGUGGAUAUAGAGGCACCGCGGAAGACUCCUUUAAAAGUUACCACAACGGGAUGCAGUUCAGUACUCCGGACAGCGACAACGACCUGUGGUUUGGACACUGUGCUGAGAAAGAUGGGGCAGGCUGGUGGUACCGGGGUUGUGGCUAUUCGUCUCUGAAUGGCCGUUAUUAUCGCAUGGGCAAGAUCCCUCUUGGACCUGAUGGCGUGGUGAACCGUGGGGUGCUGUGGCACUCGUGGAAACAAGACUAUCUCUAUUCGUUGAAGAACACAAACAUGAAAAUUCGGAGGAAACGAAAGCCUUGAAGGGUCAAUGUGCUCUGUUUGGCCAUGUUGUUUUUUAUAAGAAAUCUUCUGGUUGGAAAUCCAGUAUCUUUUUGGUAGGACGGUAUUUUUAGGGUUGGUAUAAAAAUCUAAGGUACCGUAUAUUGAAUGUUGGGAAGACGAGCAGGAUUUAGAGAGCGUGCUGUUUAUCGUUAAUUGUAAACAUAGUCCAUUAGAUGAAAAGAAAGGCUUAAAUUAUCGCCUGGACGUUUCGAGUAUACUUUAGGCCCGUUUAAUAUCUCUGAGUGUUUCAGCUGCAAAACCUUACCUUCACAUUACCCGUCCCUCUAUACACCGUCACAUAGUCAUCUCCCUGAAGACAAUGGUUACAAGGCUCGCUCACAUGGACGAGGCCUGCCUGAAAUUGGAUCAGUCAAUUUUCUUCAUGAAUACGUUCUCAUUCGUUUUCAUAAGGUAUAUCAAAGUAUAGUUGUUGACCUUACGCAACUAAUCAUGAACUGGCUUCUUUGGAGUUGUAUAAGAUGAAACGUAUGAUGAUAUGUACAGCAUGAAGAAAAGCUAACAUGAAGACUGUAAGGUUUGAUAUUUUAGAUCCGGACGACAGAUUACUGUUCACAACAGAAGCACUGAUGUCUUAGUAGCUUCAUUCGUGACAGAGAAACCAUCAACAAAAUAAAAUAGUUAUGUAAUCAUUA